AUGUUCACCGUUGUCGUUAAGCAAUGCAUGUGUCCCGUGCCCGAUAAUUCAAGUGGUGUUCCAAGCGGACGGCCGCUGGGUCCGGUAGCCCCUUCGUCGGCUAAUGUCAACCUUGAAGCUCCUCAACAAGUUUCCCAUGCGUGCGCGGAACGCAAGGCGAAGAGUGGUUCUCGAUUGCAGUGCAAGGACAAAGGACAGAUGGCUUGUCCUCAGAAGAAGUUUAGGAGAGAAGUGCGUAACAUCGAAGAUCGUGCGACAUUGAACAUUGGGCCAGAAUCUAGAGAGGCAUAA